CUUUAACCCGUUCCAACUCUGUCCGCCGCUCAGCUCGUUGGCUCUCUAUAGGAAUCGAAUCGAAUCACCUAGUAUAACAGCAGCAGUAGCAUCGUAUCAUCGUACCAUCGUAUCACCGUAUCAUCGGGUCGGUAGCCCGUCUGUUCCCUGGUUCCGUUCAGUUCAGCUCAGCCAUCAUCGAAAGUUGGCGUCGCAGUCGCAGUUGCCGUCGCCGUCAGCGCCCAAAACCAACCACCGCCACACACCUCCGCAACGCCAGCGACAUCCUCUCCACCACCGCUUGUAGCAACAUCAGCAGCAGCAGCAGGAGCCAGAACGCCAGAACCCCAGAACACUCUCUCACACACUCUCCACUCACUCACGAAUUUCAAUAUCCAAAUCAAAGUCGGGUUCAAAUCGAAAACAGCCGCAACAGCAGCAACAACGCCUCGCAAGCAGCACGCGGAUAAUGAUAAAAAGAAAAUAACACGCGCAGUUCGCAUCCAGUGCCCGACUUGAACAGAUCACAUCAGUCCAGAUCCAAAUCCAGAUCCAGUCCCCGAGAAUAUUAUAAUCGAAGCUUCACAAUCCACAAAUUGAAAAGUAAAAUCGAAUCGACUUCCGGCUUCGUGGUGUUUUCACUUUUUGCGCGUGUGAAUCAAAUUAAAAGUCCCAACCAAAAACUCGACUCUAAUUUUCAUUUCCCAGUGUCUCUAUCGCACCUUGCGCUCUCUAAAAUAGCCAUAAUUACAAGAUCCGCAACAACAGCAAUAAAACCUAACAAAAAUAUUGAUUGAAAAUAAAAUCAAGAGAAUCCACCAAAAAAAAUAAAAACUUCACUUCUCAUCCAACUUCAACGACUCUGACUCGACACUUAAUUGCAUUCAGAAACCGACAUAAAAAUGCCUGACAAGUCCCAGCAUAUAUGAAAUAAUCCAGAGCUGAAGGCAACAAAACUCCAAACGAACUCCCUGGUAUUUUUCUAAGCCCCAACCGCUCCCCCUCCGAAAUCCGCCCCGCCCAAAAACCCAUCAGCCAUCAAAGCACUAUCGAGCAGAAUCCACUAAAAAUCAAAUCUGAAGAAAACAAAAUAAUAACAAAUUAAAAUCAUACAGAAAGGCACAAAACAAGAAACUGGCAAAAAGUGGUGAAUUGUUGCUAAAUCAAAAGAAUUUCAGUCGGUACAGAACAGUAUUUUAAAUUAUAUAUACGAACUAAGUGUAAUCAAAGUUUUGCAAAAGAUAUUUACAAAAAUCAAGAUCCUGUUGAGACAUACACGAGAGAAUUGUGAAUUUUAUAGAAAUUUAUAUAUCAAUAUAUAUCUAUAUAUUUGUAUGUUCGGUUGUUAAUUUUGGGCGUAAUUUAAAGGGGCAUUUGAACGCUGAUAAGUGGUGGGGGAAAUCAAUUAAAAAAGGUGACCACAAAGGGCAAAUUAGCAAGAACAAGAAAUAAUAAAGGUGAUAGGCAGGAAGGUCGAAGAAAUCGGCGACAGAGAAGCGAGAGAAUGCAAAGGUUGUUAAAUUGAAAAUUAAGUAUAAAUAUUUACAAGGAGAGAAAUAAACCCGUUAAAUAGAAACAUAUCAGCAUCAAAGUACGGCAAGCAAACAAUUAGAAGGCAACCGAAAGAGGCCGCGGAAAAUGAGAAAAAUCAAACAGAAGUAGAAGGAAUAGUUGUAUAAAUAUUGAUGCUACUAAACAAUCAAACCAACCCCCAGAUUACCCUGCAAAUAAAGCAAAGUAGCCAAUUUUGAAUAGCUAAAUAUCUGUCUUUGCACACUGACGAAAUAUCGGUUGUAGGAAGGCGUAGGCAAAGUCAAUUUGUAAUUCGUAAGCAAGCAACGUCAAUCAGAGACCCACUCAAUCUCAAUCACUCUCAAUCGACAUUUUAAUGUAACCACAGCCAGAUUUUCCUAGCUUUGUCUCUAGCAUACAGUAAGGGGUUAACGUUUUUAAGGGAAUAGGGUUAAAGUGGGAUCGCCGGGUCUAAUCAAUGCCUCGAUCGACAAGAAAUCGCGUUUUGACAAUCACACGAAAUUAGCGUAUUUCAUAUACACAUCAGAUAUAUCGCCUCCGCGCGUAAUAUAGGAUUUAUAUACAUCUUCUCUACAGCAUAUAUUUAUAAAAAACUUUUGCUAGCCUUGGCACUUUACAGGUCUUAAAUCGAACCUCUAUUCUAUGACAAUCUCUAAGACAACCACUCUCCUCUAGAAAACUUCGAGGCUUAAGAACAAUUAUAGCGGUCUAUACAAUCUACAAUCAUCUUGCAAUCAAUCAGAACUUUAAACAAUCUUCAAACGGUUUUCAAAUCUCUAAACACAUAUUUAUACACAUCUAAGCUAUUAGUCAAACACAGUAGUGAUAUACUAGCAUAUUAACAUUUUUAAGAAAUAGUUUAAAAUACGCUCAAAAUCAGAUAAAACGUAGUAGUCGUAAAACUAAACUUGUUAGCUGUUUUCUUGUCCAUCGACUAAGUGUAGCAACAAUUUGCGUAAAGCUUUACGUCGCACAAUUGGCAUAGCUGACAUAGAAAACUUAUUCAAUUGGCAUUAUAGUAUAUCAGUAAGCAGAGCUCAUAUAUUCACCAAAACACGCAAAUCAACAAACCCUGUGCAAUUUCCCCAUCAACCAAACCCGUCAAGAAAAUACCAAAAAAAAAACCGAAAGUCUUAAACUCAAAACGCGCCAAACAGUAAAAACUCUCGAGAAACAACCAAGUGCUAAAAACAGAAGCGGAGGAAAUUUUAAUCAACAUUUGUUGCCAAUAAAACUGUCAUCAUUGCCGCGUUAACAGAAACCACGGCGUCAGCAGCGAUUGCAGCGCUCAGUAUCAGCAGCAGCUCUCAAGCGUCGCUAGCCGCCAACGCCCCCGUCACGCCCACACCCAUCACGCCCACACCGCCGCCCACUUCGUCAGUGGCAGGAGCAGCAGCAACGGUAAAGAGCGAGAUCGUUGCAUCCGAUUCGGCCGAGUCCUCCCCUAUACAAGAUUUAAUAAUGCGCGGAAGCGACGAACUUUUGAGUCAAGCAGCAGUCAUGGCGCCCGCUUCCGACAAUAACAAUCAGGACCUGGCCACAAAGAAGGCCAAGCUGGAGCCGGGCACCGUGCUGGCCGGCGGAAUUGCCAAGGCCUCCAAAGUCAUCCACUUGCGCAACAUUCCAAACGAGUCCGGCGAGUCGGAUGUGAUUGCCCUGGGCAUUCCGUUCGGACGUGUGACCAACGUGCUGGUGCUUAAGGGCAAGAACCAGGCGUUCAUAGAGAUGGCCGACGAGAUCUCCGCCACGUCGAUGGUGUCCUGCUACACAGUCAAUCCGCCCCAGAUGCGCGGCCGCAUGGUCUACGUGCAGUUCUCCAACCAUCGCGAGCUGAAGACGGACCAGAGUCACAACAACUCGGUUGUCCAGAGCGACUACCGCAUCCAGUCCCCGGCGGGCGGAUCGCCCCUGCCCCUCUGCGCCGCCGCCAACGCGACCAGUAACAAUGCCAACAGCUCCGGCGACAGCAACAGCAGUGCCGUGGGCAUCUUGCAGAACAACACGAGCGCAGUGAACGCCGCCGGAAACAACACGAAUUCGGCCGGAGGACCCAACACGGUGCUCCGUGUGAUCGUGGAGUCGCUGAUGUACCCCGUCUCGCUGGACAUUCUGCACCAGAUAUUCCAGCGCUACGGCAAGGUGCUGAAGAUCGUCACCUUCACGAAGAACAAUUCAUUCCAGGCGCUGAUCCAAUAUCCGGACGCCAACUCCGCCCAGCACGCCAAGUCGCUCCUGGACGGGCAGAACAUAUACAACGGCUGCUGCACGCUGCGCAUUGACAACAGCAAGCUGACGGCGCUGAAUGUGAAGUACAACAACGACAAGUCUCGGGACUUCACGAACCCCGCGCUGCCACCAGGUGAACCGGGGGUGGACCUCAUGCCCACCGCCGGAGGACUGAUGAACACCAACGAUCUGCUACUGAUCGCCGCCCGGCAGCGGCCUUCUCUCACAGGUGAUAAAAUAGUCAACGGCCUGGGCGCCCCGGGAGUCCUGCCGCCCUUUGCCCUGGGCCUGGGCACUCCGCUGACCGGCGGGUACAGCAACGCCCUGCCCAACUUGGCCGCCUUCUCGCUGGCCAACAGCGGCGCCCUGCAGACAGCCGCUCCCGCUAUGCGCGGAUACUCGAAUGUUCUGCUCGUCUCGAAUUUAAAUGAGGAGAUGGUCACGCCUGAUGCUCUCUUUACCCUCUUUGGUGUAUACGGCGAUGUGCAACGUGUAAAGAUUCUGUACAACAAGAAGGACUCGGCACUCAUUCAGAUGGCGGAGCCCCAGCAAGCUUAUUUGGCCAUGUCUCACCUUGAUAAAUUACGUUUAUGGGGCAAGCCGAUACGUGUGAUGGCCAGCAAACACCAGGCCGUGCAGUUGCCCAAGGAGGGACAGCCGGACGCCGGACUCACACGUGACUACUCGCAGAACCCGUUGCACCGCUUCAAGAAGCCGGGCAGCAAGAACUACCAGAACAUUUAUCCGCCAUCGGCGACACUGCAUUUAAGCAACAUUCCCUCAUCCUGCUCUGAGGAUGACAUCAAAGAAGCCUUCACCUCAAACAGCUUCGAAGUUAAAGCAUUCAAAUUUUUCCCGAAGGACCGCAAAAUGGCGCUGCUGCAGCUGUCGUCCGUGGAGGAGGCCGUUCUGGCGCUGAUCAAGAUGCACAACCACCAACUGUCCGAGUCUAACCAUCUGCGCGUGAGCUUCUCCAAGUCGAACAUCUAGAAUCCGAUCCGAAGUCAGGUUUACUGAACCUGACUGGGUGCCUCCGGCGGGUACAGCUACAUGCAGAUGCACCAGCAACACCUACAGGUCUAUUGGCAGCAACA